AAAAAGAAAGAAAAAGAAAACUGGCAAAUUUUCCCGCAGGAUCAGAUCUAUCGGCCGGAACGCCGCAGUGAGGCCCCAAAUUCCAAACCCAUUGCUUUCUCCGCCGCCUCCAUGGCCGCAACGGCCGCCAUCACCACCACCUCCUCUCCUUCCUUGGUCGAUACCCUGUUCCAGCGAUCCCUCGACGACGUCAUACGAGCCCUCCGCUCUUCCCCCUCUUCUGCCUCCGAGGAGACGGUUAUAUCCCGCGCCCUCGACGAGAUCCGCCGAGAGAUCCGCUCGCCGGACCUUGACACCAAAUCGGUAUCCCUCCAGAAGCUCACCUACCUGUCCUCCUUGCACCACCUUGACCUCUCCUGGGCCGCUUUUCAUGCCCUCGAGCUCCUCCCCUCUCCUUCCCUCCCUCACGCUCGCAUCGGCUACCUCGCCGCCUCCCUCUCCUUCCAUCCAUCCUCCACCGAACUCCUUCCCCUUGCCACCCACCAGCUCCGCAAACACUUCGCCCCCUCCCCCGCCAACCCCCCAGCGCUAGCCGCCUCCGCCCUCCACCUCCUCGCCCUUGCCUCAUCGCCUGACCUCGGUCGCCACCUUGCAUCCGACCUCCUUCCGCUACUCUCCUCCCAGUCCGCCGCCUCCAGUUCCCUCCGAGCCAAGGCCGUGGCCACUGCCCUCCGCACCCUGGCCGUCUGCCCCGACGUCGCCCCCGUUCUUUUCAAGCCCCUUGUAGAUUGCCUCUCGUCCUCAGAUCCCCGGACUGUCUCGGCUGCUGUCGGUGCCUUCUGCGAACUCGCCCUAGCGGCUCCUGACCCCUUUCCUUACCUUCCCCUUGCCCCCGAGUUCUACCGCCUCCUUGUCGACUCCCGCAACAACUGGGUCCUCAUCAAGGUGCUCAAGAUCUUUGCUCGUCUUGCACCCCUCGAACCCCGUCUAGCCUCCCGCAUUCUCGAUCCAAUUUGCCAGCUUCUUCGCCGCUCACAUGCCAAAUCACUCGUUUUUGAGUGCAUACGUACCAUCCUCUCCAGCCUCACGGACCAUGAAGAAGCUGUGCGGCUGGCCGUGGAUAAAGUGAAAGAGUUCUUGUCAUCUGACGAUGAUCCUAAUCUUCGGUACCUCGGCCUUCGAGCCCUGUCUAUGCUCGAAUCAGCUCAUCCGUGGGUGGUGGAGGAAAGUAGGGAAGCAGUGAUAAAAUCGCUGAGUGAUCCUGAUACUAACAUUCGGGUUGAGUCAUUGCACCUCAUUGUGGGAAUGCUGUGCGAGAGCAAUGUUGUGGAGAUCUGCAAUCUGUUGAACAAAUAUGCUAUGAAGUCCGACCCAGAGUUUGCAAAUGAGAUUAUAGGUGCGAUGCUUGUGACCUGUGGGAAAAAUUUGUAUGAGUUGAUUUUGGACUUCGAUUGGUAUGUUGCUCUCCUUGGGGAGAUGGUGAGGAACCCACAUUGUGCCAAAGGGGAAGAGAUUGAGAGGCAGCUUGUGGAUAUUGGAUUGAGGGUAAGAGAUGCAAGGCCAGAGCUUGUCCGUGUGGCUCGUGACCUUUUGAUCGAUCCUGCGCUUCUUGGAAACCCUUUUCUCUUUAGGGUGCUGUCUGCUUCUGCUUGGGUUUCCGGUGAAUAUGUUGAGUUUUCUAGGAACCCUGUAGAGCUAGUGGAGGCACUGCUGCAACCAAGGAUUAAUCUCCUGCCAUCGUUGAUAAGAGCUGUUUAUAUCCAAUCUGUAUUUAAGGUCAUGUCGUUCUGUUUUAUUUCCUUCAUUGAGCAAAUACAAGCUGUUGAAUUGUUAUCCGUCGGAGGCUCAACUCAAAGAUCAGAGAAGAAUGACGAACAAUCUGAUACUGUUCCCCUUAAAACUACUGAAAGUAAUGUUUCUGAGGGUGAUCAUGGUGAUACAACUGCUGAUACUGUUCUCCUCUUAGAUUUAAUUGAUAAGAAGACAAAUUUCACACGUGAAUCUAUUUCCGAUUUGAUGAAUUUGAUAGAGACUGCAGUGGCACCAUUGUCAGAGUGUGAGGAAGUGGAGGUUCAAGAACGAGCUAGGAAUGUUCUGGGACUGCUAUUCACUCUAAGAGAAACUCAGUUUUGGAAUAUUGAAGCGGCGCAUGAACUAAAAAGUGAUAAAGAGCUCAGUGAAAUUAUAGAACUUCUGGAAGCAGCGUUUUCUGAAGAGUUAGGUCCAGUAUCUGCAAAUGCUCAGAAGAGAGUAUCCGUGCCAGAGGGUCUGAAUCUUAAUGCAAAUCUUUCUGAUCUUUCAAAAAUUUUGACUGACUAUGAUCUCACUCCAAGCGCUUCAAUAUCAUUUUCUCUUCAGAGUUAUAAUCCACAGGAGACUAAGGAGGAUUCUGUACUUGCAGUUGAGCCUAGUUCCUUGCUUGCUGAACAUCGUAAACGCCAUGGGUUAUACUAUCUUUCCACUCAGAGAGAUGGUGAUGAAUUGAAUGAUUAUCCACGUGCUAAUGAACCUCUUUUGCCCGUCGAUCAUGGGGAUGCCACUGAAGAUCUUGUGAAGCUUACCACCCCAUCACUUGUUCCAAGAAAAUCAAAGCCCACAAAACCACGACCUGUGGUGAUAAGGUUGGAUGAAGGAGAUGGCACCUCAACUUCUCAUUUGACUACAGUGAAGAAAUCUGACAACUUGUUAUCUGAGGCAAUCAGAGGGGUUCUUUUAGAAAAUGAAAGUCAGCCAUCGUUAUCUGGAAAACUAGAUACAUCUUCUAAAAGAAGAGAGAAUGAUGCAUCUGAUAAUAGUGAGUUAAUUUCUCAGCAAAUUGAAAGUGUGACUUUAGAACAUGGAAACUCGAGUUCUAGGAAGAGUAGACAACACAGAACCCAUAAGGAAAGAUAUGAGAGUCAUUUCAAGAAUGAGGAUAUUGAGAAGAGUUCUAGACACUCCAUAAAGAGCAGCCGCCAACACAGGAGACAUAAACAUAGACAGAGAGGGGAUGUUACGGCAGACAUUGUUCCACAAACACCAGCAAUCCAAGAUUUUCUUUUGUGAUUGUUGUUUGCCUACUCUAAUUUGGCUGUCUGGUUUCUCCUAAAGGCUCAGCAUUUUUCACCAUAUCAGCAGGCGUGCAGAGUUAGUUUUUUUUUUCCUUCUCUGAUCGUGUUUAAAUUUAAGUAAUGUCUUCAGUAAAAAUUUCCAUAGGACAAACUGUGUCAGCAUACAACAAUUACAAUUCAGUUUAUUUGAGGAGAGAACAAGUCGAUCCUUUUUAGAUUUCUUGCUGUAUCAUGUUUGAUGGACUUUCCUUUGUGGAUAUUGAUUUUUUGCAAGUAUAGAAAUCUGCCGAUUUCUAA